ACGCUCCUGGCAGCCCUGCGCAGUUUGCUUGAAAUGCGUCGUAUGUGUGUUGUGUCACGUACUAUACUUCACUUUUGCACAGUUUUGGUCGUGCUCCUCCUCAUUAUGAAAUGCAUGGUUUAUAAAAAUAGUAACGGAGGAUCGUCGUAAACCGAAACACGCCGGAUUUUCCUGGUCUCGCAUGGUACCUCUUUCCAUUAAACAUGGCCUGGUCUUUGGGAUGUUGCCAUAAAGACACACCCCUCGAAGAGAUGAACGCUGACCUAUUUUUUACCACAGUAUCAGAUGGCCCAAAAGAAAGUUCCACACCGAUUUUGCAGGACAUGUCCCACUCAAAAACAGACAGCGGAAAGAGGCCAGUUAAAAUUCGUCCACCGAGCCCGAAGACUACCCCAAGGCCAACAGCAGGCCGCAGCCUGUCAUGUGAACCACCAACCAAAUCCAUCAUCCAGAGGCGGACGCAGUCCCUUCCAUCUCCGUCGGAGAGAAGGAGGCUUAGUCACCGAGCCAGCGUCCGGUUUGUGGACUCUUUAGGCUUGGACCUAGAAAGUGUCAAGGUUUUUAAAAGCGGGGAGGACCCUUUUGUCCCAGAGCAUGUUCUCUUUCGACUGUUAACGAGCGCAGAGUUAGCCUCAAGUAAGGGGAUGGAGAUUUCCCUACCAUAUUUGAAACCGAUGUUCUCAGUCCAGCCAGGUGACUGUUCAAACUUCACAGAGCGUCUGCGUUGCCAACAAGUAUGUCUAGAGCGGGUUUUGUGCUAUGAGCCUGGCAUUAUAGGGAUAGUUCAAGUUGUAAACUUGGCGUUUGAGAAGGAAGUGAGUGUUCGCUACUCUUUUACAAACUGGAAGAGUUGCUCAGAAACCAAGGCUUACUGGGUUGCAAGCAAAUCCAUUUCAAAUGGGCCUUGCUGUGACACUUUUCGAUUUCAUCUACCCGUUCCUCCAUAUAUCCUUCACCCUGGAGCAGUGCUGGAGUUUGCCAUUUGUUAUAAAGUAAUGGGCAUGCAGUUUUGGGAUAACAAUGGUGGGCAGAAUUACAAAUUAACCUGUCAGAGUUAUAACCUGCCUGUGCCGAAGGAAUGUGAAGACAGCGUGAUACACUUUAUCUGAAGACAGACACUGAGAGUUAGAUGAAACUUUUUUUAGAGCACUGUUUCACUUUUAUAUUUUGCUUGCAACCACCAGCAUUUUCACUAUGUGAUAUACAG